AUGAUCGAAGCAUGGGAUUAAGCUGAGUUUUGACUCAUUUCAAUCCACUGUAGCUGAUCAGAACAGGUUCCAUACCCUAAAACAUCCGUUAGGAUGGCAGGAUUGUUUAGGAUCUGGAUAUUUACAGUCCUCCUCUUGGGAUUGAUAGAUCCAUCUCAGGGCUCUCUGCAUCCUCGCAUGUCAUUCUCUCAGGGAAGCUCAGAGCGUCUCUUGGGCAUCUACCACAGCUCUAUUGUGAAGAACACCAGCACUCUGCUGCUCAGCACUGACGCUGAAACACUGUUUGUUGGCGCUCAGGAUGCUCUGCUCUCUCUGGAUGUCAGUCAACCUGAUAGUAUUACACUCAAAGACAAGUUGGAAUGGGCAGCAUCUCCACAAAAUAUGAAAACCUGUACAGUGGCCUCAAAGACGGAUUGUGGCAACUUCAUUAGUAUUCUGCAGUUUUUCAACUCUACACACCUUUAUGCCUGCGGGACAAAUGCAUAUAAACCACAAGCCCUCAUCAUACCAGCAAGUUCUCUGAGCGCUAGCAGAGACACAAAGGAUGCCAAAAACUGCUGUCCCUCCAGCUCCACCCAGAGAAACGCAGCCACUAUUGUUGAUGAAGAGCUGUAUACAGCAACCAAAGUCGGCUACUUUGGGGACAAAGUCAUUUCUCGCUGUCACAGCAGAGGAACACGCAAUAACUUGGAGCUUCAGAAUGUACCAAAAUUGCUACAGGAGCCUAUAUUCAUAAGUUCAACACAUGUUGCCAGUGAAGGAAAGAUCCUGCUGUUCUUUACUGAGGUUGGGGAAUUGACUGGAGACUUGUUUCUGAACUCUUUUAUUGUGUCUCGUGUGGCACAGGUCUGCACGGAUGACAACGGAGGAAGCCUUACCUUACAGAAGCGCUGGACAUCCUUUGCCAAGUCUCAGCUGGUCUGCCAACAAGGAGAUGAGCUCCAGUUCAACAAGCUGCAGGAUAUUGUCAAGCUGUCCCCAACGGAUGAAAAGUCUCCUGACAACACCCUUUUCUACGGAGUCUUUACCUCACAAUGGGCAGCUUCAUCUGGUCUGUCAGCAGUCUGUGCUUUCAGUCUAACAGAUAUUAAAGCAGCUUUUUCAGGGGAUUACAAGACAUUCGAUUUGAAUGGAAACCACUGGACACGUCAGCCAAAUAUAGACGGUAAACUCGGCAAGUGUGGAUUAUUCAAUGACAAUGACCGUGUGUUAAACAUUGUAAAAAAGAGCUUCCUGACUGAAAAAGCUGUGCGUCCUGUGGGGAAGAAACUGAUUUUCUCCUCGACAGAAGAGCGGUAUAGCCGUCUAGCUGUUCAGAGAACUCAAGCUGCAAAUGGACACAGCUACACCAUCCUUUACCUGCUCACCGAAUCUGGCUUUCUUCAUAAAGUCGUCCUGCUGGCUAAAGGUCCUCAUAUCAUCGAAGAAAUUCAGAUAUUUAAGCAAUCACAGACUGUGAAAAACAUCCUUCUCUCUACCAGCAAGGGUGUGUUGUUCAUCGGCUCUUCCGAGGGUGUCUUCAGAGUGCCUGUAUCCAACUGUUCAGCUUAUCCAAACUGUGCAGAGUGUGUGUUGGCACGUGACCCGUUCUGUGGAUGGGACUCAGAGACCAGAGCCUGUGCUACUGUGUCCAGAAUGGGGUCUAACCUACGGCAGGACGUGGAAGGCGGAAAUGCCAAUGAACAGUGCACAGAGUUCAAAAAUACUGCUUCUACAGUGAUACGGAUUGCACAGUUAAAUGAGAUUGUGGUUCUACCAUGUCAGUGGAGGUCUAGACUGGCAGAGGUGACUUGGAGGUUUUCAAACAACAGCAUCGUUCCUCAGUUUCCAUACAUGCAGCGGGCAGACGGCAGUCUUGUUUUCACCGUCACUCCAAAGACCGUGAGCACCUAUCGCUGCGUGUCUGAGGAACUGGGCUUCAAGCAAACCAUCGCCGCCUUCACUAUAACUCUCCAUGUCAUCCCUCGUUCUUUCCCUCCUCCAUCACAUCAGCAACCUGACAUCACCCUGGAGUCUGACGAGGGCACAAAAACAGAGCUCAUCCCUGAUUACUACACAACACUUGAGUUUGAUAAAUCUGAACCUACAAAAGGGGAAAAGACGGAUGCAUUUAAAACACCAGACAGGACCAGUGAGAAAAAAGCCAGGACUAAUCAUCAAUCCACUAAAAACGUGAACACUGCAGAAAAAGACACUGUUUGCAUUGCAAAGAAGAGUUACUAUACUGAAAUGGUUGCUUUUUGUCUCUUGUUUGUCAUUUGUCUCUUCGUAUUCAUUGCUUUUGUGGUCCUUUGGAGGCGCAGCAUGAGGUGCAACAAAACCACCCCUCAGAAACAACCUAAAGACACGGAAUCAGACAAUAUCUGGCAAACGGAACUAGAAGAACAGAAAAGCUGAGCCCGAAAACCAGCAGGAUCUAUACUGGAAGAUUACACAAACUAAAGAAUGAUUCUUGACCCUUAUUUAGUUUUUAACCUCUUAACUGUCACCGUCCACCCUGUGGGACGCCUACGUUUACUUUACUAUUUUACAAUUAAAUCCUAAUCUAAUCAUGACAAACUAUAUAUUGUUGGAAAGGUCUAAGACUCCUAAAUAGGUAUUUUACCACUUUUAUUGUUAAAAAAUUAUGUAGGAAAAGUAAUAGAUUAAUUUAUGACAAGAGUGCACCUGAAAAAUCUACAUCAUAACAGGAGUUCUGACCUUUGUCACAGAAAGUCUUCUUUUUUGCCUUUUUCUCUAUCACGUUUUAGAAAUCAUAAGAAAUUAUAUAUCAGCUGAAAACUUAAAAUCUCAAAAUUCAUCCUUUGAAACCCAUUUUAAAAUCAGACAUUGCAUUACCAUGGAAAUGGUACAUCAAAAUCACAUUGGAAAAUGUUUUCAUUCAUGAAUUAUAAAAAAAUAAGUUUGGAUAGUGCACUAUCAUGUCUGUGUUCAAAACUGUGAGUGACAGUUAAGGGGUUAAAAAUGACAACGUGAUGGCUAGAAUGUUACUAGUGUAUUUCAUAAUAUUUAUCAUUUGAUUUUAUUUAUAUUUUAUGAUUUUAGGUAAUCAUGCUUGUUUUGUCAAAACCAUUGUUUCCCUGAAAUCCAAAUUAAGAUUUUUUUUAGGAUUUUAAGGUAUCUGCAUCAUGAAAAAAAAGGCAUUUUACAUAAUUUGAUGAUGCCAAGUUGAAAAAAAAAUAUUAAGAAAAUUUUGUUUUUUCACAAUGUAUAAAUAAAAGAAUAAAGACUUUAUAUAUGUUACGAUACAUAAGAGAAUAAAGACUUUUAUUGGA